AUAUAUAGUAUAGAAGAGUCUUUCAAAAUAUGCGCACUUUGAUCACAUAUAUGUACGUUUAGUUCGUUUUUCAAAUGAACGCUUUGUCAAAAAAUGUUAGUAAUUUAGUGACGAGCCCUAAACUAAACAGCGCGUCAUCUGUACAGCAACAGUCAGUCCCAGCAAAGGCGAGUCUGUAGACUUGAGCUUGCAGAGACAAUCGGAUCGAUCAUGACGACUCACGAGUUUUUUGUUGACAUGACAUGUGAGGGAUGCUCUGGUGCAGUAACUCGAGUGCUUAAAAAACUGGAUGUCAAGUUUGACAUUGAUCUCCCCAAUAAGAAGGUCUUCGUUGAGUCAGACAAAGACACAGAUGUUCUUCUGGAAACACUGAAAAAGACUGGGAAAACUGUUACCUACAUCGGUCCAAAAUGAAAUAUUACACAUUAAAACACUAUAAGGUAGUGAAGCUUUCAUUUUUAUUCUGAUCCUCCUUCUCAUAGUGGUGAUUUUUUAACACAGAAAUAUUGCAGUUGAGAUUACCUAAAGCGGACUUAUGUUCAACUCUAUUUUGAUUCGAUGAACCAUGUUUUAAUAGGUCAGAAUCAUGCUGCUUUGAAGAUUAUGAAGUUAUACUCCCUCAUCGGACCAUACAUCACACAUCAGACAAAUCAACACAUAUCUUCGGGACCAUUGAAGGAGAUCUGUUCAGCAGAGCAUCAUGAUAAGCAGCUAUUAGGCAGAUUUUUUUGUUAAUUAUAUUAAUGCUGAAAUAUAACCGUUUACAAUAUAGUUGUUUUCAUGCCACACUUGUCUGCUUGGAAUUGUUGUAAGUGUCCAGAUGAUGGUUCAAAUAAAGAUUUCUGUAUUUACUUAGAGGAAAACAAA